UCGUCUUUAUAAUCAGACCAUUUUUCUCCUGGACGUCCUCUAUCUCUUUUGCCAACUGCUUUGUACAAUAAGGACUGCUUAGGAAUCCGGUCUCCACUCAUUGGAGAUCCAAAUCCCAAUUUAUAUCAUUGAUAGUUGCUCUCUCUCUCUUUGCGAUCAAGUAGAAGAAAAUCAGAAUCCUUAUUUCAUUCUCCUAGAUAUAAAUUGAACAUCCAAAUUUCAAUUCAUUGAAACAACAGUUAGGUCCCUCCCAUUGCCAUCUAGGUAAACAGAGAGAAGUAAUGCACAUUCUACUCGUAGUAUAGAGAAGCAACAAACACUCUUCUCUAUUAUUUACCUUGAUUGCAACCUGAUUAGAAAUUGAUACUGGCGAAGAAAGUGAACUGAAAUCGAAAAUCGGAUCCGCUGAGGAGAAAGAAUGCAACAGCGGGGCGCCAGCUUAGGAUCAGCUGAUUUUCCAGACGGAAAGUGAAUUUUUCCAAGUAAAGCACACGUUCAAGGACACUUGCAGAGCCGGUCACGCGGAUUGUCGCACAGCCGGAUUCAGAAAUAAGCGGCUACAAACAAUAAUAGAAAUGUGAAGGAAAACUGAGAGCAGCAGAUUAGAUGAAAGGGAUGGGGAUCCCCUCCGUGCCACUGACCAAGUUUCUCGAAUAAAACCGGUUGCGGCCUGGAGAAGGGAAGCAGACGUUCACUAGACGCCGCGAGAGAUGGCCGUUCUCUUCACCAGCUCCUCUCUACUCGCUUUUCUCCUGUGUAGCGUCGUUUCUGCUGAAGGAAGCGUCGUCGAACCUCAACCUCCAUCAACCACCGAUGGCGUCGCUGCACCCCCCGGCGUCACCACAACCACCUCUGUCGGUGACGACUGUUUCGCCAAACCGUCCAUGGCUUGUGUCGAGAGGAAGAUCAUUUUGCUCAUCGAUCGACUGUCCAGGAUUAAAGCAAUACGCGUGUUUGGCGAUUGGAUCUCUGUAGUGCGAGUGGACAAGGAGAGUGAGAGUGCCGAUCCAACGUCGUCCAAUGAGAUAGGAGAUAGCAGCCGGUCCACGUCCUAUGACUUCAGCACGUUCACAACUUUGCUCGAGAAGAAAUUUGACAAAUUUCUAGAAAGUCAUGUGGUGCGGGUGGCUCUGCCAACGGGGGUCAUCGCGAGAGUCGAUGGAGAAAGCCGAGAGUUCGGGUCUUCGGUAGAUAUCAGUAUCGGCAGAGCUAUAGCUGAAGCGCGCAAGAAAAUGAAGAUGAAGAACAUGCUGCACAUGAUGAUGUCCGGGCUGAUGAGUAAAGCCGCGCUGAUGGGUCCGCUACUGAUGAUGAUCGUCAAGAUGAAGGCGCUGAAGGCCCUGAUGCUCAGCACGCUGGCCCUCAUGCUCAGCAAACUGCAGCUGUUCAAGAUGCUUAUGAAGGGCAAGGGCAACUCCAAGGAGGUCAUCAUUCUGCACGAGAUGCACGGCGGAGGAGGCCACGGGGGCCAGGCUAGUUGGUCGUCUGCAGGGGGCCAAGAUAGCUACGGACCUCCGAGUGACAGUGGGGGUGAUUACGGAGGAGGCGGAGGUCAUGGAGGUCAUGGAGGUGGUCACGGAGGUGGUCACGGAAGUGGUCACGGAGGAAAUCAUGGAAGCAGUCACGGAGGCGGUCACGGAAGCAGUGGAGGAUGGUCUAACGGAGGUGGAGGCGGUUACGGGGGCGGAGGCGGUGCUUGGGCGAGUGCUACCGGCGACAGCUACAGUACAAGUGGUGCCGGGGCCGGUGGAGCUGGAGGCGGCGGAUGGGGCGGAGGCGGUGGAGGCGGAGGUUGGGCGUCCAGAAUGUACGACCCUACAUGGCUGGUCUACAAACACAAUCGCACACUUUCCGCAAUCCCUGCAACGCAAGACAACAACGCCAAAAACAAGAAACAAAUGUGAUAAUAGUUGACGCUUUUAAUGUUGUGAUUCUUGAUGUAGUGUUUUGAGGUUAGAUUUCAAAGUUGUCAUUCAAUAUCAGAUUUCUUAUGUUGUCAUACAAUAUUAGUUUCAUAAUGUUGAUUUUUGAUGUUGGAUUUCUAUGUUAACAUACUAUAUUAGAUUUCUAAUGUUGGAUUUCUAUGUUGUCAUUCAAUAUUAGCUUUCUGAUGUUGUGUUUUGAUAUUGGAAGUCUAAUGUUGAGAUUUGAUAAUAGGCUUCUAAUGUUGUGCUUCGAUAUUGGAUCUCUAAUGUUGUUAUUUGAUAUCAGAUGACUAAUGUUGUACUUUUAUGUUGGAUUUCUAAUGCUUCAAUUCAGUAUUAGACUUCAAAUGUUUUUGUUUCGAUGUUAGAUGCCUAAUGUAGUGACUUGAUGUUGGAUUUCCAAUGUUGUGUGUCGGGCAAAAUUGCUGUGAUUGAUACGAUAUUAUAAUUUAUGAAUAGUACAAAAAAGAGUUCAAAUUUCAUGGGUUGAUUCUUCUUUUCCAUCAGUAUUAUCAAUGUUAUCAAUGAUGGCAGAUGAUGGCUCAUUCCUAAAUUGGACCCAUGGCAAUACUUUGAGAACAAUGUUUUAAUGUUUGUAAUGUACAAUAGCCUAUUCAUUGCAAAUCUAAAAAAUACAUAAUUGGAGCAGAUCAUUGGAAAUUCAUUAGAAACAUUGAAUGAGGAUUUCAGUGAUUGUUAGUUUCAUGUGAGGCCUAGAACGUGUUUGCAAAGCUGUAUUUCCAAACAAAGCUAUAAAUUUCGCUCCUAUUUUGAAAUAUGAUUCAAUUGAAGAAGUCGUCAUUAAUUAAAAGUCGUGAUUGUCUUCAUAUUUGAACGAUAGUAUAAUCAAUAGUACUAUUAACGAUUCAAUUCCUGAAUAGGAUGACAAAAUUAGAUUUUUGAAACUCUGGCAAUUUCGUGUGAAUAGAAUGACUCAUAAUAUUGAAUACCAUAAUUUAAAACUGUGAGCGAAAACCUGUGUCCGUUCAUGUGACAUCAAUCAUUAUUUUGAAAUAUUAUUAGAAUUCUAUUGUGAUAAAUAUUUUAGAUUUUUUUUACGAGUUUCCGAGUCAUGGAUUCAAAGCUUCAAUUAUUGUAAUUAUAUGUUAAUAUUACAGAGACUUACUUUUUCAUUACAGUAUUUAUUUUAACACAAACAUAUUAUUUAUUAUAGAUGCUACUAGCUUUAAUAUUAACUUAUAUUAUUUUUUUGUAUAUUGUGUAUAGUAGUUUUAUUGUGCUUUAUUUAUUAUUUUUGUUAUCCGUGAUGAAAGUAUAUAAAAAUUGUUGAUCACUGGAAAUAGUCAAUUGAAUA